AUUUUGGUAAUUUGGAUUUGAUUUUAAAUUUGAAUGGUUUUCUCUGUGUGUUUGAUUAUUGGAAAGGCCUCAGAGAUGGAACCUAAACCGACAGGUUGUCUUCCACGUCGUAUCCGUCCAUUGCCGGGAUCGUACAGAUAUUAUCCAGACGAUACAGGGACGCCCUCUGCGAAAGAGCACAUUAGAGAGGAGGUUGUACAACUAGGAGUUGAUCUCUCAGUCUCUCUAGCUAAUUCCAUGUUCUUGCUGUGUGAUGACAUUCAUACCAUGUUGUGGUUCUGCUUUAAGCUGUUGAAGUAUACGUUACCUCCCUCUAAUCCUGUGUCAGAAAGGUUGCUUCGUGUUGUUCACUAUGUCUACUCAAAGGAUAUCAAACCCAAGAACAGAGCUUGUCCCGAUGGUGGCAACUCGGUCCAAUGGGAACUGGUCAGGACCACUUGGAAGGACUUUACUGACGGGAUCAUCAUUCUGAGUCGCCUUGUUGUGCUUCUCAGGAGGAAAGAUUGCUCUUUCGAUGAUCGGCUGUUGUCUUCUGCUAUUGAAAAAUACAAGCAACAAGUGCUGAAGAAGCUAGAGGAUAAAUUGAUGUCCGCAAAAGAUGUUUCAGAACUUAAUGGUUUUGAGAGGGAGACAGUAGCGUCUAACGUUUCUGACCUGUGGAAGACUCUCUUUGAGGAAGAAGCUGGCGAAUCAACUCCCGAAGUGGCGAGGAGUAGGAUUCAUAGCGACCUGUUUCAGCCUAUUUCGGGCGAUUCUUGCCAUGGCGAGAUACCGACACUACCCGUUACUUUUCCUUACAUUCUAGGGGAUGAAUUUGCAAAGCAGAAGCUUAGAGAGGAGGUUGUGCAACUAGGAGUUGAGCUCUCGCUAUAUGUUGCUGAGUCGAUAUUCUUGCUGAGUGAUGAAAUUCGUAGUGUGUUUCAGUUCUGCUCGAAGUUAUGGAGAGAAUUAAAAAGGACCCAUAAAGUUGGUCAUCCCGCAGGGGAAAGGCUGCUUCGUGUUAUUCAUCAUGUCUACACAAAAAGUAUCAAACCGAAGAAUGAAGUGUAUCAUAUUGGUGGCAAGUCGGUCCAAUGGGAAUUGGUCAAGACGACUUGGGAGGAUUUGGAUGCUGGAUUCAGAGAGAUGCACAGCCUUAUCUCUAUUCUCGAAGUAGAUGAUGGAAGCUGUACAGAUGGCCGAGAGUUUACGUCUCGUAUUGAAGAAGCGCUGAAGAAGGUUGAGGAAAAGAUGAGGUGUGCCAAGGAUGUUUCAGAGGCGAAUGGGUUUGCGAGGGAAGCGAUGAAGUCUAACAUUUUGGACAUGUGGCAGUCUCUGUUUGACAGAGAGGAAGUACUAUGGACUCGUAAAGUGAGGAGGGAAGAGAUUCUUUCUGACCUGUUUCCUCAUUUGGAAGAAGAAGACGAAGAAGAAGCAAAACAGUAUUAGGUUACCACUUGUUUCUCGUUGCUUGUUUGACUAAAGACGUCUAUACAAACGAUGCCAAGGAACAUAAACGAUGUAGAAAAUGAAUUAUAACAUCGUGA